CGGCGGGCUGGUGCGAUCCUUGGCAGCGGCGGCGGCGGCGGCGGCGGCGGUGGCGGGAGCCAUGGUGGGUGGCGAGGCCAGCGCCGCGGUGGAGAAGCUCGUUUCCGGCGUGCGGCAGGCCGCCGACUUCGCCGAGCAGUUUCGUUCCUACUCGGAGAGCGAGAAGCAAUGGAAAGCGCGCAUGGAGUUCAUCCUGCGCCACUUGCCUGACUACCACGACCCACCCGACAGAGGUGGCCGCCUGGACCAGCUGCUGUCCUUAUCCAUGGUCUGGGCCAACCACCUCUUCCUGGGUUGCAGUUAUAAUAAAGACCUUNUGGACAAGGUGAUGGAAAUGGCUGAUGGGAUUGAAGUGGAAGACCUGCCACAGUUUACAACCAGAAGCGAACUAAUGAAGAAGCAUCAAAGCUAAGGCAGAUCUCCACAGUUCCACCCUGGGGACAGACUUAGAAAGGAGGCCNGGGUGAAGAUGACUGAACAUUGGCAGCUCUCAAGAUCCUGGUAUUUGCAGCAUAGAGGCAGCUGGAAUGGAAGAGGAUGGGGCCCAUGGCUUCGAAGAUGUCUUCAUUCUUCCAGGAUUGCUGUAAAAAUACACAUGCAUAUUUAUGUAUUUAUACAUGGUGAACUCUCAGAAAUUUCAUCAGGAUUGUCAAAGCCAAACUUUGUUUGAAAUGCCUUUUAUGUUGGUAUAAUGACAAGUGAUAAAUUUUAUAAUUUGAAUUUUUUUUAAAAGACUACCUGUAAAUAUAAUUCUUGUUAUGCCAUACCCCCGCCCAUGUUUGUCCUGAGCCAAGGCAGAUCCUCUGGGACCUUAU